UUCUAUUCUAUUCUAUACUCUUAUUCUAUUCUAUUCUAUAUUCUAUAUAUUCUAUAUUCUAUUCUGUUCUAUUCUGUUCCUAUUCCUAUUCUACGUGUAAGCCAGGAUUUGGGGUUUGAUAUGUGAUGGGAUCUUGGUUGGGGAGUGUGAACUAGGAUUUAUAGAUUUUGGCUGUGGCAUGUCCUCCAAGUUUGUUUCAAUAUAGUUUCUGAAUGUUUCGCUGCCAAACUAGAUAACAUCACCAGCAGGAUUUAAUUGUACUAUCCUCCUUAACUCAUAAGCAUCUCGUGUGCCAGUGUGGUCAGUUGUUUGGAGCUAUAUGACCACAUCCCUUAAAAAUUUUGGUUAUGAGGCUGGGCCUUGUUGUCACACAGAACGACGCUGCUCUGAGGUUGAAUGGUGAAUCUCGAACUCUUCUGGGUGACUGGGCUCCGAAAUGUAACAUUGCCAGAUUUGAGGAAAUGACUUUUUCUGUCCUUGAUUUCUUAGUAUGCAGCAAUGGCUGCGGAAGAGAUGGAAGUCCCUUUGGAUCCUUUGUCCCAGGAUGCUAGCACACAACGCUGGAUCAAAGAGGAACCGGCUGAGGAGACGCACAACUGCUGGAGUCCCCUGGGACUUAUCAAAGUGGAGCAGGGUUUUCUCCUGCCCCAUGAAUGCCCACAAACAGAGAGAGAUGUUGCGAACUCUCUCGUUGGGGAACCGCCUGCUGGUGGUCAGUGGUCUUCAAGAGAGCAAAGGAUGCUGGUUCUGCCCAGCCCCCCAAGAGAGAUCCAGCUGGCGUCUCCUGAUCCCAGGUCUGCAACAUCGCAGGUGCACGAGAGCCUUGGAUCCUAUGGAGCAUCCAGGCCGGUGAAGGAGGAGGUCCUCAGCCCGGAAGGACAGCGCCAGCUUUUCCGCGGAUUCCUCUUCCACGAGGCCAAGGAACCGAAAGAGGUUUACCAGCGACUCUCCGGACUUUGCAGGCGUUGGUUGCAGCCCAAGAGGAGCACCAAGGAGCAGAUGCUGGAGCUGGUGGUGCUGGAGCAGUUUGUGGCCAUUCUGCCCCCGGGGCUCCAGGGCUGGGUGAGAAGCGGUGAGCCGGACACCUGCCUCCAAGCGGUGGCCUUAGCCGAGGAGUUCUUACGGAGGCCGGAGCAGAAGCUGUUCUCUGAAGUAUCCAGUAACCUUGCAGAAGGGCCAAGUGACCUGCUGGAUACCAGUCCGCAACAAUUGUACAACCAGCCCACACAAGAGGAUACCAUGGACGUUGGCAUUAUGGCUGGGUGCCUUCAGGAUGUGGGAGAAAGGAACCCAUGCGUGGAACUGGCUGAUCCCGUCGAACACCAAGGACUGGAUGCUGAAAACCCUUCCUCGUGUCAGCCCAGCGGAGAGAUUUCCGUAAAUCAGCCUGAAACGAAGCAACAAGAAGGCGACGCCGUUCCUUCUUGGAGAAAUGAUUCCUGUAAAAGAAAAGACGGAGUCCGCAGGGGCAAAGAACCCAAUUUACAUCCUCUGGAUGGGAAGUCCUUGAGCUGGAUCCCAGAUUCUAUUUCCCCAAAAAGAAAGCAGCCAGGAAAAAAAGGACACAAAGGUUUGGGGUAUAUUUUGAGAUCCAGCCUCGUAACUCACAGAGGCCUCAUCCAGACGACUGGAAAACUCCAUUCCUGCUCGUAUGGCGGUCAAAAAGGUGGUGAGAGCUCGGGCUUUGGUCUUCCUUUCAAAAGCCACUCCAGAGAGAAGCCUUACAGAUGCUCCGAGUGCGGGAAACGCUUCCAACACCCCAGCGGUUUCAACAGUCACCUCAGAAGCCAUAGGGAAGAAAAGCUGCCUCAGGACGUGUGCAAGGGGAAGAGCAUCAGUACCCACUCGGACCCGCGCAGGGCUGGUCUAUCCCCAGCUGCCGAAAAAUGUGGGACAUCGUUCUGCCAGAACUCCCAGCUCCUGGCCCACCAGAGGGUGCGCUCGGGUGAGCAGCCCUUCCGGUGCUUUGAGUGUGGGAAGAUCUUCAGCUCAAGCGCGCACCUCAACGGGCACCAGUGUGUCCACAUGCAUGUGAAAGCCUUGAUCUGUUCCGAUUGUGGAAAGACCUUCAGUGGGAAGUCACAUCUCAGCCGGCACCAACGGAUCCACACCGGAGAGAAUCUGUUUAAAUGCCCGGAAUGUGGCAAAAACUUUUGUGUUACUUCGGACCUCGCUGCGCACAUGCGAAUCCACACCGGCCACAAACCCUACAAAUGCCUAGACUGUGGGAAGAGUUUCACCCAGAAGCAGCACCUGACCAGCCACCGGCGGACUCACACGGGCGAAAAACCCUACGUGUGUGCGCACUGCGGCAAAGGCUUCAGUGUGAGCUCCAACCUCAACACCCACGAGCGGACCCACACGGGAGUCAGGCCUUUUCAGUGCUCCGAAUGUGAGAAACGCUUCAAACAAAAAUCACAUCUCAUCGUCCACCAGAGACACCACACAGGGGAGAGGCCUUAUUUGUGUGUUGAUUGUGGGAAAGGUUUCGGAUCCAGCUCAAAUCUUGUGGCCCACAUGUGGACCCACAUUGGAGACAAAGUUUAGAUACCCUCUGAUAAUUUGAUGGGAGAGAAAAAUGCAAAGCUCAUCUGUCUCUUACUCUCUUCAGUUCAAUAUUUAUCUGCAGAGUUUCAACUUUAGCUUGACACAUUGAUACAGAUAUCAAUGUGAGUGAAAGUUAAGGAACUGUAAAAAAAAAAAACAACUUUGCAUGUAGGAGAGAUUGGUGUUUUGUAUAGAAAUAUUUGUAUUAAAAGACCUGUAAAAUUUGUCAAGCUAAAGUAUUAGAAAUCAGCGUAGAUUGCUUACCUGAAAACCAUGUUUUAUUAACAAUAAAACAUCAUUGUACUAGUUUAGAGAAGUGUAGAUUUGUUUGAAAUGUUCCUUUUCCCAUCUCUCCAACAACUUCACCACUCAUUUUGGUCACAGAUGUGCUCCUAAAUUGUACUACCCUGGAAAAUGGAUUCAUUCAAUAGAAUCCUAUAUAAGCGGGUGGAGAAACAAUAUUUUGAGGAAGUUUUAUCCUUUUUUUUAUUGCUCCAUUCCUCUUCAUUUUUUCCCUAAGAGGAUAUGCUUGAAUGACUCUUCUUAUUCCACUCUUUUCAGAGAGUCAAACACAUUCUGUGUCUUUUUUCACACAGCAGGCUAACACCUAUUGUGACUGGCUUGGUUUUAAGUUGAUGUUAGAGUAACUGUGCGAAAUCCAGCCGCUUUAGGUGUAAACCAACAUCAUGGCUCAAUAUGUUGUGUGAAUCCAGGCAAUAAUGGUUUAUUAGAAUAAUUGUUGGCUGGGAACUGCCCAAAAUUUGAUAUAAAAUGGGCAGCUGUGCAAAUAGCCCUCGACUUACAACUGGUUGCUUAAAAACUGUUCAAAAUUACAAUGGACCUCCCCAGAGCUACUUACGAUCCAUUUUCGGAGUUAUCAUGGCUAUAACCCACGUCCUGCAGUCCACGAUUGCAUUUUGCGUGCCUGGCAACUGACACAUCUUUAUGGCUGUUUGCAGUGUCCCAUAGUCAAAUAACCAUAAUUUGCAACAUUUUCUGCUGGUUUCUGGUGUUUUAUUUCUGGUUUUUGGCAAAAAACCCCAAACCACCCUAGGAGAAAAUAGAUUUGCACGAUAGCCAUGACAAUUGCUUAACAACUGUCAUAAGAAUCAUAAACAGAUUUAAUAGUUUAGUAGUUUAACAUUCGUUUGGCCUGUUUCACAAGUGGUGGGAAACUAACGUAUAAUAUUAAUCAGAACUAGGGAAGACGUGCAUAUGUGUUAGUCUUUUUUUAAGACACUUUAAUGUUUGCUGUGUUUUUUUUCUUCUUUUGUCCACUUUUUAAAAAAAUACGUUGGUAUUUUCUAUUUUAACUUUCGCUGAA